CAGCGGCUGCCGCCCGGCCAGCAACUCCCACUCGCUGCUCGCCGGCGGGGAGGGGCAGCAGGUGCCACGGGCCCACCCCGGGGCGUUCCCACCGCCCCCAGAUGUACUAUGCGGUUUCCCAGACGCGCGUGAACGCAGCGGCCCCCGCGACCAUGCUGCGGCCUCAGCGGCCGGGAGACGUGCAGUUCGGAACCUCACUGUACGAGCUGGUGGGCUACCGACAGCCACCCUCCUCUUCCUCUACCACCUCGUCCUCCCCAUCCACGAUGGGCUCCCUCCUCCCCAAGGCUGCUCGCGAGAAGCCGGAGGCGCCGAACGAGCCGGGGACCGGGGCGCACCCGGGGCCUCGCGCAGACUCCAAGGAGGAGCAGCAGCAGCAGCUGCGGCGUAAGAUCAACAGCCGCGAACGGAAGCGUAUGCAGGACCUGAACUUGGCCAUGGACGCGCUGCGCGAGGUCAUCCUGCCCUACUCGGCUGCGCACUGCCAGGGCGCGCCGGGCCGCAAGCUGUCCAAGAUCGCUACGCUGCUGCUCGCCCGCAACUACAUCCUGCUGCUCGGGAGCUCGCUGCAAGAGCUGCGCCGCGCUCUGGGCGAGGGCGCCGGGCCCACCGCGCCGCGCCUACUGCUGGCCGGCUUGCCCCUGCUCGCCGCCGCGCCCGGCUCCGUGCUGCUGGCGCCGGGCGCCGUGGGCCCCCCGGACGCGCUGCGCCCCGCCAAGUACCUGUCGCUGGCCCUAGAUGAGCCGCCGUGCAGCCAGUUUGCGCUUCCAGGCGGAGGAAGUGGUGGUGGCGGCAGCGGUGGCGCGGGUGGCCCCGGUCUCUGCACCUGCGCGGUGUGCAAGUUUCCGCACCUGGUCCCAGCCGGCCUGAACUUGGCGACGGUGCAGGCGCAGUUUUCCAAGUGAGGGACCGGCCCUUGGGCGCCUGAGUUCAAGGAGAGUGAGACCGGCCUGGAAGAGUUUCGAACCUUUUCAUCUUAGAGGAAGGGUCUGUCGGGCGCUCCUAACCAUACGCACUCGUAGCAAGUGUAAAUUACCCGAAAGGACGUUUUGUUAGAGCGUCAGUCUGGGCCGUUUUGGGGGGUUCGGGCUCGACUCCAGCUGCUUUGGGCAGUGAACGCGCCCCCACUGUUGUCGCCCGGCUCUCCUGUCUCCUGGCGCCGCGGUUACGCGCAUCCGGGCCUGACGUGGGUUUCCGAGCGCUCAGUGUGAUGUGUUCGGCUUGCCCCGCGUACAGCUGCGGCCUGCCCGUUGCGUGACCUCUUGGAGACCCGGCGGCUGCUGAGGGGGGGUGGUCUUUUCCUGCUCCCAUUCAGAGGUCAGAAGCACCAUGGUCUCUCCGAGCCCAGUCCGAGGCAGCCGGGUCAUGCGGCAGGUGCUGGGCACGCAGGGAAAAGUCGGUGCGCGCCGGGGCAGCAGGGAAGGGCGCGGUCUCGACCUGUGCGCGUAGCUUCGGGGAGGCUUCGCCCUGAAAACCCGAGUCUUGGCUUGCAGCUGGAGAUUUCGGCGUUCGUCUUCAUCCCUCAGCGGUAGCCAACAGGUUAAUCAACAUCUGAGCGUGAUUGGAAAACAGGCGCCGCGGCCGCGACUUACUAAAACAGUUGAGGACCGUAGCGGCUGUUUUCACAAAGUCGCUAAUUAACUUUCCCUUUAAAGGACGCUGCGGGGAGCGACGCGGGGUCGCUCGCCCCGCGCCUGGGGGCGGGGUUCACCACGGACCCAGAUCGCAGCUUCUCGGCAGGCGGGAAGAAUCGAGAAGACUACAGGUCUUGUUACCUUACUAGCGAGCCUUUGCCGAUUGUUUUUCCUCUAAAUGAUCUUAUGAUCUUUGAGCAGCUUGGGUGUGUGUGUAGGUGUGUUUGGGUGUGGGUGUGAAAGGAUUUCGUUGUUUUCGUGAACCAAAUGUACCAUUUUCUUUCCCUUUAACGUUGAUUUCUUGCGUUGUACAGAAUCAAAAAUAAAUAAAUAAA